AUGAGUGGCUCUACAGAAUCUAAAAAACAACCAAGAAGAAGAUUUAUUGGGAGAAAAUCUGGCAACAGUAAUAAUGACAAAUUAACUACAGUGGCUGAAAAUGGCAACGAAAUAAUCCACAAGCAAAAGAGUAGAAUCGCCCUAGGUAGGAGUGUUAAUCAUGUGCCAGAAGAUAUAUUGAAUGACAAAGAGUUGAAUGAAGCCAUCAAAUUAUUGCCCUCUAACUACAACUUUGAAAUCCACAAAACUGUGUGGAAUAUCAGGAAAUAUAAUGCUAAAAGAAUAGCCCUACAGAUGCCUGAAGGUUUGCUGAUUUACUCAUUGAUUAUAAGUGACAUUUUGGAACAGUUCUGUGGUGUUGAAACUCUAGUAAUGGGGGAUGUGUCUUAUGGUGCAUGCUGUAUUGAUGAUUUUACUGCUAGGGCAUUGGAUUGCGAUUUUAUUGUGCAUUACGCUCAUUCGUGUUUAGUUCCUAUUGACGUUACAAAGAUUAAAGUACUAUAUGUCUUUGUUACUAUAAAUAUUCAAGAAGAUCAUAUUAUCAAAACGCUGCAGAAGAAUUUUCCUAAGGGAUCUAGAAUCGCUACAUUUGGUACCAUUCAGUUUAAUCCUGCGGUACACAGCGUCAGAGAUAAACUGCUUAACGAUGAAGAACACAUGCUGUAUAUUAUUCCACCACAAAUCAAGCCUCUAUCGAGGGGUGAAGUAUUGGGGUGUACUUCUGAAAGAUUAGAUAAAGAACAAUACGAUGCCAUGGUAUUCAUCGGUGAUGGUAGAUUUCAUUUGGAGUCUGCAAUGAUACAUAAUCCGGAAAUUCCUGCAUUCAAGUAUGACCCAUACAACAGAAAGUUCACUAGAGAAGGAUACGAUCAAAAGCAACUCGUGGAAGUUAGAGCAGAGGCCAUUGAAGUCGCUCGGAAGGGUAAAGUUUUUGGUCUGAUCUUAGGUGCAUUAGGUAGACAAGGUAAUUUAAACACUGUAAAAAACUUGGAAAAAAACCUGAUCGCAGCAGGUAAAACCGUGGUGAAAAUUAUUCUAAGUGAAGUUUUUCCCCAAAAGCUCGCAAUGUUCGAUCAAAUUGAUGUUUUUGUUCAGGUCGCAUGUCCUAGACUGUCCAUCGAUUGGGGUUAUGCCUUCAAUAAACCACUAUUAACACCAUAUGAGGCUAGUGUCUUACUAAAGAAAGAUGUCAUGUUCAGCGAAAAAUAUUAUCCAAUGGAUUAUUACGAAGCUAAAGGAUACGGGCGUGGGGAAACUCCGAAACAUGCGAUUGAAUAG